CGCUCUGGCUCCCUUGUUGCUCGUAUAUUCCCAUUUUAUAUUAACCACCAGUCCCGCAAGAUCUCGAGUCUUGCGUAUCUUUGUCAUACGGCUACGUCGUUGGAGUCCUGAUCUUCUGCUUUUUCCCUUUGACCUUCGAGUGACUCUUUCCUGGAUACAAGUCUGUCAUUUCAGUCACAGCACAGCCCUCCACACUCCAUCCCUCCUGCUGCCUACACUACUACUGCACACCUCCAAACGUCCACGACACCCUAAAUCCAACACCGCCUCAGCAUACAUCAACGCCGCCUGGUUGCUGCCUACAACUUACAUUGAUGUCCACCUCUGCUGCAGCACAAAAGCAAUCUCGCCGUACAACAUGGCCCAAUAUCCAAACCCUCACAACCAACAUGUCAAAGAGCAGUAGCAAGAGCCCGUCACCGCCGGCAACGGACGACAUUGACGAAGACCCUUUCUCACACUUCCUGUCGCCUGUACUCGACGAAGACGACCCCUUCGAGGGCCUUGAGUACAAUGCUGGCAUCGACACACCCUUUGACGAUGAAGUCGAGCAGAAGAGGACGAAGUUCCGUGUCAGGCUAGAAGAGAAGUGGGGCAACUUCCUCUCAUCACGUCGGACACCGUCACCGCCAAAGUCACAACAGGCACCGCCUAGGACACCGCCAUCAGAAGACCAACUACCCGAACUCAUCAUUGACGACCUCGAAGGCUUCGGCUCACCAUCCUCAUCACCGCCUACUCGUCUGCCCUCCCUCACAACACUCAAAGAUAUCAUCCAUGAAGAAGACGAGGAAGAAGCAGAUGGCUGGGAAGGAGAUCGCAGACGUAGUCGCACCUUGCGCAGGAAGAACAACUUCCACCUCGACGAAAUGGAUAGACCGGUCACAGCACCAUCACUAAGAACAUCUCAUCGCCCUAAACUUCAACGACCUAGAUACAAGAGGUUUAGAACAUUGAGUGGAAGACCUCAUUCUUUCGUGGCACCCAGUCCUCAUCUCUGGACUGUGAGUGAGCACGAUGAAAUCCUGGAGCAACUGAGGAAUGAAAUGAGAGGAAGAAGAUCUAGUCGAUGAUCUGUAUCCCAACGCCAAAACAAACUACGCCAAUUUUCCUUAUCAUGAUGGAUGGCCUCUACGACGAGAUUGCUAAACGACUUUCUGGAUGACUUUUCUCCUUUUCGUCACGAUCAUCAUCCAUCCUCGGGUCAUCUCUUUACUCUCGGACCUUUCAUACACAGCAUUUCGGAGUUCUUGUUUUGGGUUAUGCAUGUUUUGCCACUCGCUUUUUCUGGGUUUUAGGAUCUUUCUUGUUUCUUUGCAACUCUCGUUGACUUUAUACCCAAAUUGUCUUUUGCAUCUGGUUUUAUGAUUUUAUGGCGCAUCUGGGGACACGGCGAAACGAAUGCAUGCGAAAGGCUAUCUUCUGAUUUUGUUUAACGGUACACAUACACCGGUUUGGUUUCAUGGUGGAAGGGGCAAGCAAAACCAUAAAAUACAUCACCUACGAGCUCACGCUCUCUCUUUUUGCAAUACUUGCCGCC